GCCGGGGGCGGUGCUGACCCGGGAAGCGGAUGGGCCGGGCCGGGCAUGGCGGAGGCGGCGCAGGGCCGGGUGCAGGCGGCCGUGGAGAGCAUGGUGCAGGCGCUGGAGCGAGACAGCAUCCGCGGCAUGCAGGGCGCCAUGUUCCGGUGCAGCGCGCGGUGCUGCGAGAGCAGCGCGGCCUCCAUGCAGCAGGUGCAGCAGUGCAUCGAGCGGUGCCACGCGCCCCUGGCGCAGGCGCAGGCCCUCGUCACCGGCGAGCUGGAGCGCUUCCAGGAGCGCCUGAGCCGCUGCACGCUGCGCUGCGCCGACGAGGCCCGCGACGCGCUGGAGGCGGGCGGCCCCGAGGCGCGGGCCCGGGCGCAGCUCGACACCUGCGUGGCCGCCUGCGGCGACGAGCACCUGCGCCUGCUGCCCGCCACGGCCCGCAAGCUGAGGGAGGGCCUGGCCGCCCUGCAGCAGUAGCGGGGCGCCGGGCCGCCUUCAUUAAAGGAGAGGUGCCGA